AUGAGUCACCUUAACAAAGUGGGCCAGCAGGGCAGGAAAACCGGCGUCUUUGCAAGAACUGGAACUAAAAGAGACGCGAACAACCUUGAAGAUCUUGACGACUUCUUUAGUAAAAACGGGUCUGAAGAUAUUGAAAAUGAGGUGGAAUCACCGACUCAAAACAAAAAAUCAUCCGUUAAAGCCUCUUUUCUGCAAAGAUCUGGCGUCACUAAACGUGCUGGUAAAAAGAAGCCCCUUCUUGUUUCUAAUCCAUCAAGACCCAAAAAAGCAUUACAUGGUAUUUCAAAGCUACGUAAGCCUGCAAGCAGAAGAGGCAGCGUCUCGUCCAACCACGAUGUUGAACUUAGCCAAGAUGAUGAUGAUGAUGGACAUGAACAAGAUUUGGAGACUCUCGAAGAAACAGCAACAAUAGAAGGAGAAGCAGACGAUGAAGGGGAAGACGAAGAUGAGGACGAAUAUGUAAAUGGCAAACCAGUUGAGGAAGAAGAAGAAGAAGAAGAAGAAGAAGAAGAAGAAGAAGAGGAAGAAGAAAAAGAAGAAGAAGAAGAAGAAGAGGAAGAAGAAGUACCUUUUGUCCGUAUGUCCCAAACAAAAUCGAGAAAAAAUGGAGCCGCUAAAACCAAACCAGUAACAUCAUCACAGUCUAAGAAGACAAAAGCUGCACCAAAGAAAACUGUUAGUAAGGUUACCAAACCAGCUACCGCUCCCAAAUCCAAUAAGUCUGCUAAGGCCACUAAGAACAUCGCUUUGAACAAGAACAAAAAAUCUGCAGCAGCACCAUCAUCUAAAGCCAAGAUCAGCGCAUCGGAAUCAGAUGUUAGAAAGUCUUCAAGAAUUAGAGUGCCACCGGUGGCAUUUUGGAAGAACGAAAAGAUUGUUUAUGAAUACAAUCAUGACUCUCAUGUUCCUACCAUUAAAGAUGUGGUAACAGUUGACACUCCAGAAGAACCACCUAAGAAGCGCCCGACCUAUCGCUCACGUAAAACCACUAAGCCUGUCAGUAUUUCUAGUAGUCAACCGGCAGCGCCAAAAGAGCUUGAUUUCAAGAAAUAUCCGGAUGCUAAGUGGAUCAAAAAGGGCUCCAAUACUAUUGAUGUGUUUGAUACUCCAGGCUCUAAGGCCAAGGUGCCUCGUACUGUUGCUUGGGGAACUGACAAAGAAGAAUACAGUCAAGAAAUCAAGUCUAAGAAGGAUAAUUUCAAACUUGCAAUCUUGUUCAGUGAAGAGCAAGAAUUCGCUGCCUCAGGGAUGUUACAGUUUCCAGUUGGAGGGUCGAAGGAUAGUAAGAAUACCGAUGAUACAUAUUUUAUAUUCUAUGUUAUUUCUGGGGUUUUGAAAGUUAAAAUCUCUGGCACAGAAUUCACAGCGACCACAGGAUGCUCUUUUGAAAUUCCUAUGGGUAACUAUUACGAGUUUAAGAACGUAGGGGAUACUGCAGCAAAGUUAUUCUUUGUCCAAACUAAGUGUGUUGUUCUUCAAGACGAGGAGGAAUAA